AUGACCUUUUACAUGUACUGCUACGACUGUGCUGCACAGCUGAGACCACAAAGAGAAGGUUGUGGCAGCUACCUUCGAGGACAAGGUUCGCAUCUGCCAGCGCAGCUGCAAGAUGUCAUCUUCGAUUGCAGCGUGCUGACCAUUGCCACUGGGCUGCCGGAACGCAACUCCUACGCCGUCGACUUGAUCAAUGCCGUGGCGGAGAUGAAGUGCACCUGCCCAUGCCGCGCCUCCUUCUCUGGUGGCUUGAGCAACCCCUCUUUCUCUUUCCGCGGCCUGAACUCUCUCCGGGAUGCCAUGCACAGCGUGUUCCUCUACCGCGCAGUGCCCAAGGGCCUGAACAUGUCCAUCGUGAACCCAGGUGGUCGUCCCAGGAACGAAGACAUUGAGCCCAAGACCCAGGAAGAAGUGAUUCUGCACAAGUCUGCGGACGGCAAUCAUGUCGAACUCUUCCUGGAGUAUGCGGAGCAGGUGAUGAAGCCUCCGGCUCCUGCUCCUGCUGGGAGACGGUCUCGUGUGAAGCCCGGCUGCAAAGUCGUGGACCGCUGCCGUGUCGAGGGCCCUAAAGAGACCCAGAAGGUUGCCCAGAAGAUCAUCGACUGCAAGACCGCAACACCCACGGAGGUGAUCAACUACUUCAAUAGUGAGCUGAAGAAGUGCAUCUGCUUCCUGGAUGGAGGCAUGGGAACCCGCAUCCAGGCAGAAAACUUGGAGGAAGCAGAUUACCGUGGGGAUCGGUUCAAGGACUUCAGCGAGAAGGAUGCCAACGGCAUCCCGGUCUCCCUGAAGGGUAAUGACGCUCUCCCCAUCUUCAGCAAGCCAGACAUGAUCAAGGACAUCCACAAGGAGUACUUCGUCGCUGGCUCAGACAUCUGUCAGACCAACACCUUCAACGGCACGACCAUCUUGCAGGGCGAGUACAAGAUGCAGGCCGUUGCGCAUGAGAUCAACAAAGUGGGAGCACAGCUAGCGAAGAAGGCAGCAGCUGAGGUCACGAAGCAGGAGCCACACAAGCCCCGAUUGGUGGCAGGCGCAGUUGGGCCCACCGGCCGCACCCUAAGCGUGUCGCCCAGUGUGGAGGAUCCAUCCUUCCGCACUGUGACUUGGGGCGAGCUUGUGGAGUCCUACAAGCAGCAGGUGAGCGCUCUCGUGGAGGGUGGCGUCGACCUGCUGAUGAUUGAGACCGUCUUCGACACCCAGAACUGCAAGGCAGCCAUCUUCGCAGUGGACCAGUACUUCAUCGAGUCGAAGAAGGAGCGGCUGCCAGUGAUGCUUAGCGCCACCAUCGUGGACAAGAGCGGCCGCACGCUCUCUGGCCAGACCAUCGAGGCCUUCUGCGUUAGCGUGAAGCAUGCGCAGCCCUUCACCGUUGGCAUUAACUGUGCCCUGGGUGCGGCUCAGAUGAAGGGCUUCUACAAGAAGCUCUACGGCAUGAACUCAGCCUGGUGCCACGUCCACCCCAAUGCUGGCCUGCCUAAUGCCAUGGGCGGCUAUGACGAAGACCCCGAGAUCUUCUGCAGCAACAUCCUGGACUACGCCAAGGAUGGCAUCCUGAACUUCGUCGGCGGCUGCUGCCUCACCUUCCCUUUCCACAUCGCGGCCGUCUGCAAGAAGGUGAAGGACUGCCCAGUGCGCAAGCUUCCAGAGCUGCCCGGGUACCCCAGCAUGAUGUUGUCCGGCCUGGAGCCCUGCCACGUGACCGCUGAGGCAGGCUUCCAUUGGGCCGGCGAGCGAUGCAACUUGAUGGGCUCGGCCAAAUUCAAGAAGCUGGUGGAUGCCUACAGGUGGGAUGAGGCUAUGGAGGUUUGCGUCGCCCAGUGCGAGACGAAAGUGGACAAUCUCGAUUUCAACUUCGACUCGGACCUGAUCGAUGGGCAGUCGGCUAUGCGCAAGUUCAUGAGGCUCUGCGUCACCGAGCCCACCGUGGCCAAGUUGCCCUUCAUGUUUGACUCCUCCAAGUGGCCUGCGGUCGAGGAGGGCCUCAAAUGCGUUCAGGGCAAGUGCGUCGUGAAUUCGAUCUCACUGAAGGUCGGCGAGGAAGAGUUUCUUCGUCUUGCGAAGCUUUGCAUGCGCUAUGGCGCAGCCGUCGUCAUCAUGGCCUUCGAUGAGAAGGGUCAGGCAGGCACCUUCGAGGACAAGGUUCGCAUCUGCCAGCGCCUGUGUGAGAGCAUCGACUUCCCCCGCGAGGAUAUCAACGUGCUGACCAUUGCCACUGGGCUGCCGGAACGCAACUCCUACGCCGUCGACUUCAUCAAUGCCGUGGCGGAGAUGAAGUGCACCUGCCCAUGCCGCGCCUCCUUCUCCGGUGGCUUGAGCAACCCCUCUUUCUUUUUCCGCGGCUUGAACUCCCUCCGGGAUUCCAUGCACGGCGUGUUCGUCUACCACGCAGUGCCCAAGGGCCUGGACAUGUCCAUCGUGAACCCGGGAGGCCUACCCCGAUACACGGACAUCGACGAGAGCACUCGCAAGCUGGCGGAAGAGGUGAUCCUGAACCAGUCUGCAGAUGGCAAGCACGCAGGUGUGCCAUCUGACGAGCUGCCAGCGCCGUGCCUUGGCACGGCACAGGAUGCCGAGAAAAGAGUGCUGGCUCGCUUCGAGGAGAUGGGAUUCAGCGACAAGGAGUUGCAGGCAGACUCGUCGUUUCUUGCAGCUUCUCGUGGUCGGAGAAAGAAUGGUCUGCUGCAGGCGGUGCUGAGUUGGAUACAAGACCUCGCUCCUGUCAUGUGGGCCGCUUUCCGGAGUCUGACCCAUGUGGCACAGCGUAGAUACGGCGUAGAUGCUUUUGCAUGGUUUUGCAGGAGCCAGUUUGAGACCAAGACGUCGUAUGGAGCCAUCGAUGAGGACCAUUUGGCGCAACAAUCGGACCAGGAUGGCUCUUGUACAAUUCCCUGCGGACGGGCAGGAAAUCAGACACGAAUUGCCUGGGAGCGGGACAUCUUCGAAGAUGCGUAUGACGACGCCAAGCCCUUCGAGCGAUGCAAGUACGGUGCUCUGAACGGAGGUGCUCUGUCUUGUCGAAAGAUGCCGGUGACUCAAAGUGCCGCCACGUUCCUGCGAACUGAUGGAAGUGAUGUUGCUGUCGCAUGCCACCACGACUUGGGACACAGCACGACCUUGUGGGGGAGUUACUGCUUUCCAGCGUGGCGGGAUUGGCCUUGCGGCGGCAGCAUGCAUCACUAA